GUAUCGUGUCGACUGUCGCUGUGAAAUUUCGACGUUCGGUUCCUUUAAAAAAAACGAUAAAAAUCGACGCGAUAGAAUUUUAUUACGUAAUUUCAUUGUAAAGUUCGAUCGAUUCGCAAAGGAAAACAUAAUUCUCCGUGCUUCGAGUAUUACACGUUUCUUUUUACUAGCUUGUUAGUGACUAAUUGUCGUUCGCAGUUCUUGUACCUGCGUGCUUGCGUGAGUGUUGCAAGACAAUUCCGUCUUACGCGUAGUCACCGUUUCGAUAGUAUUAUUAGUUUUUCCAAAAUUUUGAUCUUGUAGCUUCAGUUAAGGCCGAUCAAACAUGAUUGACCUAACAGUAAAGACUUUGGAUUCACAAAAUCAUGCUUUUUCUUUGGAAGACGACCAAAUUACUGUACGAGGCUUCAAAGAACACAUAGCAGAAUCAGUUGCAUUACCAGCAGACUCACAAAGACUUAUUUAUUGUGGUAGAGUCCUUCAAGAUGACAAAAAGUUAAUUGAUUAUGAUGUUAAUGGAAAAGUGAUACAUUUGGUGCAACGUGCACCACCGCAACCUGGUCAAAGAAGAAACGAUGGAGCUCAAGGUCAAGGCCAAAGUCCUGGAGUACCAGUUUGGCAAAAUCCACAAAGAACACAUUACCGAGUCACUAGAACACAAAUGCAUGGUAAUGCCAUGUAUGUGGGUGCAAUGGCAGUACCAGCAGAGAUGGUCGAAGGACAUGCAGUACCUCAACUGAGCAACAGUCUAUCGCGUUGCCGUCUGCUAUUGGCAGAACGAAUGCUACAACGUGCAAAUGCGCUCAUAGAAAGACUUCCGGAUCAGAAUGCUGCAGAGAAUACUACAACUACUACUACUACUACUACUACUUCUUCUUCUUCUUCUACUUCUGCUAUGCCUGAAACUAACCAAUCGCCACCUUUAGCUCAGCAAGUGCAUGUACAGCAAAUAGAAACAGAACAUUUUCCUUUUAGUAAUAAUGACGGCAGAGGAAUCAGCGGCACCAGAUUACCAGAGACUAUUGCCGCAGCAAUUGCAGUUGCUUUAUCUGCAGCUGGAGCAAGUAAUGUCACAUUAUAUAGAGGUGGCAGCGAAGACAAUGUGGAGGCAGCACCGGCAAACGAUGCCAGUGAAGAAAAUCAGCCACAACCAGAUAAUCAGCCACAACAGUCACAACCAUCGCAAUCUGAACAACAGAGAGCUGCAUCGCAACCAGCGCGGCCUCCAAUGAUGGCACAACUGCUGGAGCAAUUAAUGGAUACCCAACGUAAUUUACGAACUUAUGUCGACCGUUAUCGCGAGCUUAUGGUAGAGGACCGAGCAUUACCUCGAGGAGGAGGACCCGGAAGUGUUGAAGAAAGUCAGAGAAUAGUGAAUGUUGUCAGUGAAAGCUUACAUUACUUGUCUCAUGCUUGCCAUGCAUUAAGCGACAUAAGUGUUGAUAUGAGUCAAGAACCACCUAGAAAUCUGAGAUGCAGACCGAUUAUUAUUCAACAAUCAACGAUUUUACAGCCUGGACUCCCCAUUCAGGUAGAGACCCAUUUUAGUAUACAUGGUCAAAAUUCAAAUAACAAUAAUACUAAUGAAGAGAGUAGUCAAACUGCAAGUACAGCUGUCCAAACAGAAACAAAUGAAACUAAUCCGGAAGGAAAUAAUCAACAACAAGAACAACCGCAAUCUCCAUUCGGUGCAGUUUUCAACUUACCGAACGAUAUGGUGGUGAUGGAAGUUAGUCCUGAAAGUAAUAUGGAUACUGCAUCUGGAAGUGAACAGACACAGCCUGGUGAAACUAAUAACAACAACAACAAUGCUGGAAGGCUAAGCGGUCCUGCCGGUGCAUUUUCUUGGAGUUCAACGCCACCUGACUUUAUACGAAACGUGAUACAAGCUGUCGCUGGUCAUGUGAUGCAAGGUGGUAUUGGUACUUCCACAAUUACUACUCAAAGUCUACCAACUGGAGGACAACAAACAGUUUCGUCGCUCGAUGGAAAUACAAAUGCUGGUCAAAGUACGCAAGCACGAAGUAACGUUGGUACUCAUCCUACCACGUCAACGCAGACUAGAAGUACGUCGCGACAACAAGCACAUCCUUUAAAUGUUGGAAUGAGUAUAGGCCAAGGGCUUGAAUUUGAUCCGUUCCUUCCUUGUAAUUCGCAUCAUAUUCGACGAGCACCAUCUGGUACAUCCAAUACAGUUACUUCUAUGUUACAAAGAGCUCGAUCAAAUCACCCGUCUACAACUGAAACUCCGCCUCAAUCUCAAACUGCAACAACUUUAACAACUACCAACAAUGACACUAAUACCACAAAUACAACUUCAACAACUACUACCAAUAACACAACUUCUACAAAUACCACUUCAAAUACUAAUUCUACGAACACCACCACAACUACUAAUACAACAUCGAUACCGGCAGCAUCAUCUUCUACAUCAUCGUCAUCUUCUUCAUCAUCACCAUCAUCAUCAUCAUCACGUGCAAGUCCCGUUAUGAAUUUAGUGCAUCAGAUACUAGGAGGGGCUAUAGAUGAGACACAUCCCGAUAUCGACGAAAUUAAUUUUAGGUAUUCUUACUAUAUGCCCAGACCAAACUUAGGAUCGGUAGUAGACAUGGCUUUGAAUUAUGGACAAACACCUUACACAAUGCUGUUUGGUUCACAGAGUCCAAGCAUUACCGAAGAAAACUUCCUUCUAAGCCUAACCUCAUUAAUGGUACAAAACAUGACAAUGUCAGAUCUCAUGAGUUUACAACAUGGAGAUUGGAAACCAAUUUGUCAUCAAAGAAUGCCAUUAUUAACAUUUUUAGUACGCACUUUUCCUGAUGCUUCUACAGAAGAACUUCAAGAGCUGGCUGUGAAUCGACUGUUAACACAACUUAAACCACAUUUGCAAAGCCUGUCAGCAGAAUUAGAUAGUAAUGAUGGAUAUAACGUCGGUAUAGAUGUUUGUGCAACCAUAGAAUGUUUGCUUCAACGUCAUCUCAAACAUAUUAUACAAUUACUGUUGGCUGUUGACGUUAGCAAUAUUACAUUUGCGCAAGAAACUGUCAAUAUUCUACAGACUUUGAGGAGACAAUUUCACGCAGUACUCCGAUAUUUCCACUUUAAUGAUGGUGUAAGGAGAUUGAGAACUAUUAUAAAACGUUUCUUGACUGAGAGGUUACAAGGCUACGAACCUACUUUACGAUAUUGGAUGCAAGAACUAUUUAUACCCUCUUCUACUAAUGGGAUACAUCCUCCACAACCUGGGGACGAUAUUCUUUCCAUUUUAAGAUACAAAAUGCCGACAACACUUUCAGACUCAGAAUCUGAAUCAGAGCCUGAGACAGAGCCUAUGGAGACUAAAGCUGCGGAAGAAAGAACAACUUUAGAAAUUCCUCCACCAGAGGAUGGAGAAGAAAUUCCAGCGACGUUUCCAAACCACGAACAAUUACCUUCAGUAAAUUUAUCUGACUGGGUACCAAUCAUUGCUCAGGAUAGCGUAAGGCAACGUCGUCAGUUGCAAAUACAACGCUUGACAAACGGCGGAGGUGUAGGGGCAUUCAGCGAUGCCUAUUUAGGCACACUGCCUACCAAACGUCGUAAAUUAAUUGAACAACAAAAACCACGGUUAUUGAUUAGUCCUACGCCUAAUCAUUCUGCAAUAUCUGCAUCCAUGGAACGUUUAGUCAGAGAAAGUGUAACCCGUGCAGGCGUGGAAGAAGUUGCUGGCGCUGCUGUUGCUGUCGCAGUAGAUCCUGGUGUCAGACGUGCAUUUGGUCAAGCGAUUAGAGACUGCUUGAAUCCAUUCAGAUACGAAUCACCAGAUUUCCCAGAUCCCUUACGUUUUCCUAAUGCUACUAAAUAUUUUGCAGAUCAAGAUAGUACACCUAAACAAUAAUUCAUUCUAAGCACAAAUCAGUUUAUUAUAACCUAGAGUAAUUAUAAAGAAGACACCAGGUAGCUUUAAAGAAGUGAAAAAAUUACAGCGACCAAGAAAAACAUAAGAUAUAUUCACAACGUAUAAUCACAAAUAUUAUUAAUAAUUGUAACUGUAUACGCGAGUUUAAUUAAAGACACAAUGACUUUGAUAAAUCUGAAACAUUUUAAAAUGAUGUCAUACAAUGGAAUAUUAUGUAAAACAUUGAUUUUUCGUUAAUCGACAUAGCUUGUAGUCUUGUGACGUACUUCUGAUAUUUCAAUGUAAAAAUAUGUUAAAUAAUUAAUGCUGUACUUGUACGUUAUUAAAAAUUACAAUAUAAUCAGCUCCUCUUACUGUUCCA